UUGUCCAUAUUUUGAUCUUUUCUUUGGCUGUGGGAUUUCCAGUUUUCUUGUUGAUAUGGCGGAAGAAAGAAACGUAGUAAAGAGUCGAGGGUUUUUAACAAGUCGAGAGACCAUACGAUUGUUCGGAAACUAGAAGUUUGAUAGUAAUUAUAGCUUAAACGAAACGGAAGAAGCUGCAGUAAACUUGUAGUAGGUGCUAUGGCAAGUGAAGUGCCACCACCUGGCUUGAGAGCCCCCAGCAGUUGCCAGACUGGGGAUGCGAACCUUCAGAUAGAAUGGGACUUCAGCCUCUUUGAUGAGCUCAGUGAGUUGGCAGAUGUUGAAGAUUUGCUACACAACUUCAGUAACGACCUUCAUCCGCUGGACCCAAAUCGCAUUGAUUUCGAUUUUGAUUUCAACACUUGGAAUUUGGCGCAUUGGAGUGGCACAGAGAACCUCAUCACAGAUGUUUUCUCAAAGCCUGGACCUCAGUCUCCAGCCUCCACCAGAUGUUCUGAAUCUCCUGCUUCUUCAGUAGCUUCAUCCUCCUCUUCCUCCAGAUGUUCUGAAUCACCUGCCCCCUCAGUGGCUUCUACUUCACCUCAUCAUGUUCCUGAAGAAGUUGAUCUACCAUUGAAGUCCCGGUGCUCUCCGAUAUCACUUUUUGCAGAUGGUGUCAGUGGUUCUACUUCAGAAUUACUGCAAACGGAGAGAAAAGCAAAGCUCAACACAGUUUCAACAGGCACAGUGAAGCAAGCUUUUAACACCCGUGACAAGUUGCCACAGCUGAUAUGCAAACCACUUAUUCAGCCCAAGCUGCCUGUGCUUUCAUCGGUGCAUAUUUCUCCAGUUGUUCCACCAGUACCUUCAAAUACCAUCAUCAUCCAACCACUGCCGACAGUACUGCCUGUGUCUAAGCAACAGCGUAAUGGUGUUCAGUCUGCACAGACGAAUGGCCACCCGCUGUUGCUUUCACAGCCCACUAUUGUGCAGCUUCCAUCUCCACCACUAGUUGCUGCCCAGCCAGUUAUCACUGUUCCCAGUGGGACACCUCAACUUCAAGCAUUUAAUGUACUGCAAUCUGCGGACUACAGCCCACCAAACAAAAAAAUGGCAGGAACAAAGCCACUAGUGCAGACAUCUGCCCACCGGGGCAGCACUAGUACAGAUGUAACAAUACUGAGGCGGCAGCAGCGGAUGAUUAAGAAUCGUGAAUCAGCCAGCAUGUCGCGGAGGAAGAAGAAGGAGUACAUGCUGACCUUAGAAGAACGGCUGAAGGCUGCGUUAUUUGAAAAUGAGAAGCUGAAGAAUGAAAAUGGGUCGUUGAAACAGCAGUUGGAAGAGCUGUCAUGUCAGAAUCAGUAUCUUAAAUCCGUGGAGCCUAAGAGGAGGGCAGUGUGUGUGAUGGUUGUCAUAGUCUUUUUAGCGCUGAAUUUCACUCCUAUAAGUGUUUUUCAGAGAGAUCCAGCUGAAAAUGGUGCAGAUACAAGUCCCGCUCACCUGGGUCGCCAUCUUUUGGAGUUUUCUGAGUCAGUAGUUCAUCAGGAGCCUGCAGAUAACGUUCAGAUCAUGGAACAGAGGCCUACAUCAGAUCAAAAGGCUUUGAUGGUUGUGAAGGAGGAACCGCUGUUGUAUCUGUCAACACAUUCAUGUCAACCACAGAUUAACCGCUCCGAGUCUCUCAGACUUGCUCAUGAGCUCAGAGGCUGGGUACAUAGACAUGAAGUACAAAGAACAAAGUUAAGGAGAACAUCCAAUGACCACUACAAGACACAGGCUGUACAGAAGCCAGAAGAGAAAAAGCACGAUGUCCGCUCAGUAGUCACUGUCCAGUACACGGAUCACAGCGACACGGUUGCCGGGAGUGAAUUGCAGGUUUAUUAUGCUCCACACAGGAAUUACCAGGAUUUCUUUGAAGCCAUCCACAGGAGGGGAGACACAUUCUAUGUUGUUUCUUUCCGCAGGGACCAUCUGUUGUUACCAGCUACAGCUCACAAUAAAACAAGAAGGCCCAAAAUGUCCCUGUUGCUGCCUGCCAUGAAUGUGACCGAAAGCAUCCUAACUGGGAGUGACUAUGAGGUAAUGAUGCAGAUCGAUUGUGAGAUACAAGACACGAAAAUUCUGCACAUCAAAGCCUCUCUGAUCCCACCAUUUCUACGUGAACAUCAGGGACCCCAGAACAGCUCAUACUAUGGAGCCCCCUCCACUGCAACUCGCACUGCCCCGCUUAGUGCCAUCUCGGGCAGUGUCCAGUAACCUAAAGAUGUGAUGUCCCCACUGACAGAUCCCACGGCAGCACUGACAUCAUUAGAAUGUGCUAUUUCAUUUCCAUGGACAUGGAAUAAUAAAACUGAAUCCUGUGUUUGAAUGUGAGAGAGAUGCUGAAUAUACUAUUAAGAACAUUUUUGAUUGCUGUGUAGAUUUUUUUUUAUUUUGUUUUAAUUUUAAAGAUUGUUUUUAUAAACAUCUUGUUAUUGUGGUGGAUUUAGACAGUCUGCUGGGAAAUUAAUGCACAUACCUUAGACUGUUAUUUUUUUACUUCAAGACAUGGGUUUAUAAACUCUGAAUGUAUCAUGAACAACUGAAAAAAAUGUUAUGCCCUUGUUGACGUGACUGGAUUGUGGAUUGUAUUUGGUUCUUUUUCAGAAAAUGCCUGCUAUAUUAUCUAUUUUAAGUACAGACAAAUGGAUUCACUAGAACCCUUCAGUAGUUUCACAGAUUUGGAAGGCUUGUUCUAUGGUCUCAUAAAACGAGCCUUUGACCAUUCUGUUUGUUAUUGGUGACUGAAAGGGACAGUAGGAUCAUGUAGUGUGAAUAAUUUACAGAUUGUAUUUCCUUUGUUUAUCUAGAAAACGGAUUUGUUGUAAAUGUUAUACAACAGAUCUUAUGUACUAUGUAGUUUGUUAUUGUCAGAUGGUAAUGGCUUUGCAGAUAGCACGCACACCUUUGAUGACAGAAGGUUUAAAAAUAUUAGGUUCUGUCUCCAUUCCAGGCAGUUGAGAUGAAAUGCCACUAGUGCCAUUAUAGUUUGUGGUGGUGGGAGUAGGGAGUGGGGUGUUGUACUUGUGAGGUUCCAUCUGCCUUUUCUACAUUUAUUUGAAGCAAAUGUGAAGUGUCAUGCCAUUUAGUGUCAAAGUGAUAAGAGAGUUCCCCUAAAACAAUUUAUGUGGUCAUUGUAUGUACUGUGUUAGGAGAUGUAAAGAAAGUCAAUCAUAGGUUUAUUUCUAUUCUUAAGAGAAAUUUCUUCGAUUGCAGGAUUUAGUAAAAGUAAGAAUAUGUUCAACUGAAUGUAUAUUUUUAAAGAAACAAGAUAUGAAGACUUUGUAACAUUAUAACAAAAAUGUAUGUGCCUCCUUGCCUGUUGUAGCCAUUCCUAAAAGGGUUUCGUCUAACUUGCCUGUUGACUUCUGUAACAUCAGUAGUUUUUCCUCAGUGCAAGAACUUGUACACAGCACUCUGUGUUUGUUCCCUUGAAGAUUAGAUUUUCAGAUGUUGUGUAUGUGCUGAUUGCUCUGGGUUUGUUCCCUUGAAGAUUAGAUUUUCAGAUGUUGCGUAUGCUGAUUGCUCUGCAUUUGUUCCCUUGAAGAUUAGAUUUUCAGAUGUUGCGUAUGCUGAUUGCUCUGCGUUUGUUCCCUUGAAGAUUAGAUUUUCAGAUGUUGCGUGUGCUGAUUGCUCUGCAUUUGUUCCCCUUGAAAAUUAGAUUUUCAGAUGUUGCGUAUGUGCUGAUUGCUCCGCGUUUGUUCCCUUGAAGAUUAGAUUUUCAGAUGUUGCGUAUGUGCUGAUUGCUCUGCGUUUGUUCCCUUGAAGAUUAGAUUUUCAGAUGUUGCGUAUGCUGAUUGCUCUGCGUUUGUUCACUUGAAGAUUAGAUUUUCAGAUGCUGCGUAUGCUGAUUGCUCUGCGUUUGUUCCCUUGAAGAUUAGAUUUUCAGAUGUUGCGUAUGCUGAUUGCUCUGCGUUUGUUCCCUUGAAGAUUAGAUUUUCAGAUGUUGCGUAUGCUGAUUGCUCUGCAUUUGUUCCCCUUGAAGAUAAUAUUUUCAGAUGUUGCGUAUGUGCUGAUUGCUCUGCGUUUGUUCCCUUGAAGAUUAGAUUUUCAGAUGUUGCGUAUGCUGAUUGCUCUGCAUUUGUUCCCUUGAAGAUUAGAUUUUCAGAUGUUGCGUAUGUGCUGAUUGCUCUGCGUUUGUUCCCUUGAAGAUUAGAUUUUCAGAUGUUGCGUAUGCUGAUUGCUCUGCAUUUGUUCUCCUUGAAGAUUAGAUUUUCAGAUGUUGCGUAUGUGCUGAUUGCUCUGCAUUUUUUCCCCUUGAAGAUUAGAUUUUCAGAUGUUGCGUAUGUGCUGAUUGCUCUGCGUUUGUUCCCUUGAAGAUUAGAUUUUCAGAUGUUGCGUAUGCUGAUUGCUCUGCAUUUGUUCCCUUGAAGAUUAGAUUUUCAGAUGUUGCAUAUGUGCUGAUUGCUCUGCGUUUGUUCCCUUGAAGAUUAGAUUUUCAGAUGUUGCGUAUACUGAUUGCUCUGCAUUUGUUCCCCUUGAAGAUUAGAUUUUCAGAUGUUGCGUAUGUGCUGAUUGCUCUGCAUUUUUUCCCCUUGAAGAUUAGAUUUUAAGAUGUUGCAUAUGUGCUGAUUGCUCUGCAUUUGUUCCCCUUGAAGAUUAGAUUUUCAGAUGUUGCGUAUGCUGAUUGCUCUGCAUUUGUUCCCCUUGAAGAUUAGAUUUUCAGAUGUUGCGUGUGUGCGGAUUGCUCUGCAUUUGUUCCCCAUGAAGAUUAGAUUUUCAGAUGUUGCGUAUGUGCUGAUUGCUCUGCAUUUGUUCCCCUUGAAGAUUAGAUUUUCAGAUUGUUCGUAUGUGCUGAUCGCGGUAUCUGAAGAUUAGAUUUUCAGAUGUUCAUAUGUGCUGAUCAGGGUAUGCUGGCAUUAUGCGAGAAGCAGUAGGAGCAGUGCAUUGUCACAUGAUUGCAAAAACAUAUCACCUGAGGUGAGCAUUUAACUAGUCUGUCAAUUUGGUACCUACAAUAAACACGUUUUGGGAAAAAAAAUGAA